AUGGGUCUAGUCGGUACUUACGAGCAGCACACAGACGACGUACAUCUGGCAGAGACGGGAACAGCCACAGCACCAAGAGCAAUAGACAGAUUCAUCCCCCAGUGGAAAUGGAAAGCCUCCUUCGUGGUUUAUCUGCUGCUGGCAUUCUCUUACCUGCUGAUCCUCAUAUUGUUUGGAAUUGUGCUGUCCAGGGGAUCAAACCUUCCUGCAGAAGUGAGCAAGAUACAGAAACAGCUUCAAGAAACCAAGGACAUCUUCUCAUGCGGCUCCAGAAGCAGGGGAUGGGAAUAUUUUGAUGGCAGAUGUUACUACUUCGGCAACCAGAAGGUGUCCUGGGGCACAGCUAAGGCCCAUUGUGAGGAACAGAGUUCAAAACUGGUGGUCAUUCACGAAGAGGCCAAACAGAACUUCAUCCAGUCUCAAACCAGGGAUGAGCGCUACUGGAUCGGACUCAGUGAUACGGACGUCGAAGGGGAGUGGAAAUGGAUUGAUGGCACAGAUUACAGAACCAAUUUCAAGAAAUGGAGGCGUGGUGAACCCAACAACCAUGAAAAAGGAGAAGACUGUGUCCAGGUCCACACUGCUGGUGAAUGGAAUGACGUGCCCUGUAACUAUCCAAGCUUCUAUGUAUGUGAGAAACCUUUGCCUUCCUGAAGAGACAUAAAAUCAAGGGAGAGAAAACCA